AUGGAUCAAGUCGGGAACAAGCGUGGAAGUGAUGACGACGACGAUAUAUCACCCUCUCCCAAGCGUCGCCGCUCACAGCAAGUGUUGACACGCACGUCGAGCGGGAAACUGAUCUUAAAGCCACGGGCUGCCUCAGACCGGUCAAACCCUUCCGACAGAGACCAACUCGUGCGGGUCGCCAAAGAAACAUUAUCCGUUCUACCUGGUCUCUUGAUCACACGACCUGAUGUGAACUCACACGGCUUUCUAUGUGAUGGGAAACAGGUUGACCGGCUUGAUCAGUCAUUCUGCCCCAGACUCCCCAAAACCAAGGUUCGGGUGAUCAACUCCGACACCAUCGAGGCAGCUUUGCAACUGCCCCGCCGUUCUUCGGAGAGACCAAUCUGCGUGCUCAAUAUGGCAAACUCAAUACGUGCUGGAGGUGGAUUCCGCAAGGGUGCGCUGGCACAGGAGGAGGCGCUCUGCUACAGGUCGUCUCUCUCUUUCACUCUCAAGAUGCGGCACUACCCCAUCCCCGACAAAGCAAGCAUCUAUUCACCUACCGUUCUUGUCAUCAGGGACAGCCUUGCCAAUGGCCACGAGUUGCUCGACUGUCGAGAUCCAAGUCAACUGCCUGUAAUCAGUGUGGUCUCUGCGGCAGCCAUCUACAAACCCGAUACAAAGUUUGCAGCUGCGAUCGCUGGGGAUGUCUACGCCAGAGGAGACGACCGCAGCCUGAUGCGGGAAAAGAUGCGGAUCGUACUUCGCACUGCCAUCAGGAACAAACACCGCAAGAUCGUGUUGGGUGCGUUCGGAUGUGGGGCGUUUGAGAAUCCGCUGAAGGAGGUUUGUACUCUCUGGGCAGCGGUGUUGAAGGAGCUCGAGUUUUCCGGCGGUUGGUGGGAGAAGGUUGUCUUUGCCGUGCUCAGCCGUCCUGGAGAGCCAAACUUCCCGGAGUUCCAUCACGUCUUGGACGGGCUUGAGGUCUGA